GGAGGUGUUCGCUCCAGUUUGUGUGGCCGCCGCCGCGGGAACGAGAGCUCGGUAGUUUUUCACCCAAGAGAGGCGAGGUUUUCGGGCUGGGCUGAUUGAAAGUAAGCGAGUGUCUAGCUCCAACGCCUAUCUUUGUACGUGACAACGGCAUGGGAGAUCAGCAGAUAAAACAGCCCGGCAGCAAGGCCUUGGUUCUCGCACAGCAAGAGUCGCCGCGGCCGGAGUGUGGGGAGGAGCCUCCGCGUCCGAAUCCUGAGAGAAAACAACAAUGUAGAUUUGAUGGCCAAGAAUCAAAAGGAACUACGUUUAUUAACUCCAGUGCAGGUGACUUCAGUGACCCAGUUUACAAAGAGAUCGCUAUUACGAAUGGGUGUAUCAAUAGAAUGAGUAAGGAAGAACUCCAAGCUAAACUUUCAGAAUUCAAGCUUGAAACCAGAGGAGUAAAGGAUGUACUAAAGAAGAGGCUAAAAAAUUAUUAUAAGAAGCAGAAGCUGAUGUUGAAAGAGAACAAUUGCGCUGACAGUUACUACGACUACAUUUGUAUUAUCGACUUUGAAGCAACUUGUGAAGAGGGUAACCCACCUGAGUUCAUACAUGAAAUAAUUGAAUUUCCUGUUGUUUUACUGAAUACUCAUACCUUAGAAAUAGAAGAUACAUUUCAACAGUAUGUGAGACCAGAGAUUAACUCACAACUUUCUGAAUUCUGCAUCAAUCUUACUGGAAUUACUCAGGAUCAGGUAGACAGAGCUGAUACCUUCCCUCAGGUACUAAGAAAAGUAAUUGAUUGGAUGAAAUUGAAGGAAUUAGGAACAAAGUAUAAAUAUUCCAUAUUAACAGAUGGUUCAUGGGAUAUGAGUAAGUUCCUGAACAUUCAGUGCCAACUCAGCAGGCUCAGAUACCCUGUUUUUGCUAAAAAGUGGAUCAAUAUUCGAAAGUCAUAUGGAAACUUUUACAAGGUUCCUAGAGGCCAAACCAAAUUGACUGUAAUGCUUGAAAAACUUGGAAUGAAUUAUGAUGGGCGGCCUCACAGUGGUCUUGAUGACUCUAAGAAUAUUGCCCGAAUAGCAGUUCGAAUGCUUCAGGAUGGAUGUGAACUCCGAAUUAAUGAGAAAAUGCAUGCAGGACAGCUAAUGAGUGUGUCCUCUUCCAUACCAAUAGAGGGCACUCCAGCUCCACAAAUGCCACAUUCUAGAAAAUAACAGCAUUUUUGUCCCUGGAUCAUUCACUCUAACUGGAGUUACUACAAAGAGGUAGUAGAUGUAUGCUCAUUGAAUUAGUCCUGCAGUCCAAAAUUCAAGCACCUUAAACAUUUCAAAUCUUAUAACAGUAUAGAAGUAGACAAAUAUAUAUAUGUAUGUGAACAGCUUUUAUGGGAAGGGCAUACUGAAUUCUUUGUCACCAGCACUUUUGAUAUGGGCAGUACUUGUUGCACAGUAACAGUUCCUGCUUAGAAUUGUAUUUUAUAAUUUAAGGUGUCCAGGAUGUGUUCUUUUUGGUUUUAAAAUGCAAGGUUUUAGUUAGCUAUCCUCUUGAAUGUCAUAUCUUAUUGAUGUUAAAAUAUAUAAUGUAUUUUACAUUAACAUCAUUAGAUAACAAUCAUUUCUUAAAAUACAGAAGAUUGUAAGGCAGGCUUUAUCUAGCCUGUUGGUUUUAAGAUUAUCGUCCUUUUGAUUUUUGAAGUUUAUAUGUGAAGUUCAGCUAUAUGUGAUGAAUUUCAUAAAGUACUUGGUACACAUAUCUACCUACAUUUCUUUUCAACUCAUAACUGGAAGACAUGAAAAAUUAUAGGGGUUUUGUUAAAAAUUCAGUUACUGAUGAAAUUAAUGAAUAGAAGAAAAUACUAAGGAAUAUCACAAGGGCUGUAUGUAGCUUGAACUUUAUAAUACAUAGAUAAAUCAAUGAGGUUUUUUAUUUUAUUUUUUUAUUUUUUGGUUCCCCUAUUUCUUAUAUAUAUUAGUCCCAAUUCUUAAAUCUUAAGAGACCAUGCUUUGAAGCAGACAUAAAAUGAAGGGCCACCACUUAAUUUCGCAUUUGUAUUCAAUAUUAUGAAUGAGGUUAAUAAAGUCAAAUAAUGCUUUCUACCAUAUCUUAUGUAUUUAUUACUAAAAAUAAAAGUACUCUUGGCCAUCAAUGCAAUUAGUCAAAAAAAUACUUGUUUAGUCUGAUUUUACAUAGUAAGUGACCAAUAAAUGUUGAAAAGUUAGUUCUUAACUAAGUCUAAAAAAAAAUGCAUUUAUGGGGCUGACGAAGUAAAACUUCUUAACUAGAGGCUAAAAAUAUGUAUUUUCACAAUUAAAUUUCCCUCCAUAGCUUUCAUGGAACAAUUUCUUUGACAUUGCUUACUUCUUUUCUUUUACCAUCUAAUAAUUGUGAUGCUACUUUAUUUUAAUGAUUUAUAUGUUACCAUCAAGUGAAUUUCAUAGAGGUUUUCCAACCUUGAUCUAUAGGAGAAUAGUAGGAAAGUAGGCAUUUUUUCUUGGCAUGAGAGUUCUCUACACGGUGCUAUGGGUUUCAAACACGAAUGAAUGAAUUUCUUCCUUUGACUAGUAGUUGUGCAGUCAGCAUAAUAAAGAAUAAUGUGCAUAACAGAAGACAGAAGAGAAUAUGAUAUCCUUAGAAAAACCAGUAUAGAUUACAUUAAAACAGUGAAAAUCUAGUUGUUUCAGGUUUAUACAGUAAACUCUUGGUGGAAUGAGAGGGAUAUAUUCUAAGAAUUUUGGGAGUCCCAAAUAGCACUAUAUAAUAUACUGUAAAGUAUUACUGAAAAUUUUUAAGAAUUUCCUUCAAAUCCUUAAUGAGUUAUAUCAGAGCAGAGGAGCAAAUCACUGUUGAGAGCUGGAUGCCAGGUCAACUAGGCACGCUCCUUAGGUGAUUUUUCCGCAUAGCUACUUACAGUAUGAUUUAAAUUCAUGGCUUAGCCAAAUUGUGAUUACCUGUCACCGGCUUCCAGAGUUGCUCAUCAAUAGUUGAAACUGCAAUUGUGAAAUCUGAGGAUGACAAGGAAAUAUGGCACUGCCUCCCUCCCUUUCUGUUUUGUUUUAUAAAAUCAAGCUGCUAAUUUCUUUUGUCUAUUUUUCUUUUUGCCAAGUACUGACAAGUUCAUUUUGUGUUUCUUUUUAAGACCUUCAACAUUGUAAGUUCUCAGUAUCCUGUUAACUCAACCCAAUAUUUUAUCUGGUGGUGCUUUACCUGUCCCAACUAAUUUUAAAUCAGAGACUCUGGUUGAGUCUCCACCCUCCUCCUGCCUUUUCCCACCAUUUUCCUCCCCCCAAAUGUCAUUUUCCUUCUGUCAAAUGGACUGUUUGGAGAUUGUGCUGAGACCAGUCUGGCCUGUUUUGAUGAAUUGACCGUAAACAUCAGAAGUACUGCUUCUACUCUUUGAUUUACAUUGUGUUGUCUUUCAGGUUUGCAGUACUGAUAAUUAUUGCAAGGAAAAUGCUUAAGACAAAUGCUGUUCUAGUAUGCCAAUCAAGGCAAUAUUAGUGAUAUUUUAAUCUUGUUAAUUUUUAUAAAUAACCCUUUUUUUUUUUCAUUCAUCAGCUCUGUUAGUUUCCUUUUCUUCUCCUUUCCAAUUGCUCUGACAUAUUGGAUUUCUGCUUUUUUAUGUCAGAUCCAGUGUUUAGAGCCAGCUGAAGCUCUGUAUUUUGUCCUUUAAAAAUUUGUUUUGUGUCUUUUAGGCAAACUAUUUAAAACAUUUUCUCUGAAAAAGGUCUUUUUCUGAAGUAUCUUUUUUCUAAAAGA